AGAUGAAAUAGAAACACAGGAAUGAGUAGAGUUACAGUAGUAUAUUUUACACUUUUACACUCUUUUUAAAACAGACUUUGGACUUGGUUUUUUUUUUUUUUGAUGGAUUUGGCAACCCUGUCUGCAUGUGAGUGUGGAAAACUGUGUUAUAGUGGUUUGUGUGCAGCAUGUCGUGGAGGUGUAGUGUCCGAGGGUGUGGGAAACGCAAUCAGGCCAAAGCUAAAGAUGUUGUUAUUCACCGUUUCCCUGAAAAAGACUUGGAGCUCUGCAGUAAAUGGUUAGCGGCUAUCGGGAAGGUUGUGAAUAAAACGGAGAGGAAAUACGCGUCUUUCCGAGUGUGCAGCCAGCACUUCAGACCUGACGACUAUGAGAGGGAUUUGAAGGCGGAAUUAUUGGGAUGUCCACCAAAAAAGGUCUUAAAGAAAACAGCAAUUCCGUCUAUUUUCCAGACUAAACGAAAGCCAGGCAGAAGGCCCUCUCACACUCCAAAGAAAAGUCAACCUGAGGUGUCUUCUGGAAAAGAAAAUGCACCUACUCCAGGCACGGCAUGUUCUGAGGUGGAAGAGAGCUCAUGGAUUAAUGCAGUCAAGAGCCUUCAGACUCCUCAAGGAGCUAAUAUUUUUAGGAGCAGUGAGGUGAUUGUGAACACACAGUGUUUGCUGGAGCUCUUCCAGUUCUGCUGGCUUUGUCAGAAAGAGUGCUGUAUUACCAUUGAGGGCAACGAGAAGCUGUUUUCAGUCACGCAGGACUGCCAGAGUUGUGGCCACCACAGACACUGGAGGAGUCACCCGCCUUCAGCCGAAGCUACACACACCUUUCAUAAAGAGGCAGAACAUGCACUGAAGCAUGAAGAUGAUGAGGAGGUUGUGGUUCACAUUGUGUCAUCAGAUAACGAGUGCAGUGAGCAGGUGUUUAUUGAAAAGGAUGGAUCGUAUUUAUCUAGUAAUGAUGAAGAAGCAAGUUUGCAGGAAGAGGAAGUGAAAAAGAAAAGAAAGAGGACGUCUAAACGUAAACACAGUUCAGAUGAGUGGGAGCCAUGUUUAGAUGCAGAGGCCACAGACUCUGAUGUGUCCAUGGAUGAAGACCUGUUCACAGCUUUAAAGGAGGAUGGUCAGGGUAAACUUGUGGUGUGGUGUACACAAUGUGGGACCGAGGCCUCGCUCUCCUGUUCUGUCCAUCGACACAAAAAAGUGUUCUGCUGUGCUCAGUGCAGUGAAGGUGACGACACUCAAGCACAUCAUUUUGAAACACUACGUGUUCGGUUUGAUGACGUCGGCAGUUUUCAGAAACAUGCUGAACAGGAGCACGGAGUCAAACCAUUCUAUAAACUGUGUCAGGACUGUGGCAAGUUUGUUAUAGCAGAUCCUGAAUCCCGAGGUUUAAAAGAACAUAAAUGUGAACACAAGUCCAAAUUUAUCAUCUGUCCAGAAUGUGGGAAAAGAUUCCUCACCAAGGUCGGACUAAAGUCGCACUACACUCAGCUCCAUUCGGAUUAUGAUCACCCGUGUAAAUACUGUCUGAAGGUCUUCAAAACCAGGUCAAUAAAACUGGAACAUGAGCAGACUCAUCCUAAAGAAAAACAGCCAUACAGCUGUUCAAAGUGUGUAAAAAGGUUUUCCAAUAUUUAUAAACGCAACAGACAUGUCCGGUCCCAUGGAGGUCCACAAAAACAUGUGUGUGAUGUAUGUAAGAAGAGCUUUAAGGACAUUUACAAGCUGAGGAGGCAUAAGCUCAUCCACUCUGGAGAACAGCCUUUCAAAUGCCAAGUGUGUGAGCGUUCUUUCAACCAAAUGGAAAACCUCACUUCCCACAUGCGCGUCCACACUGGAGAGAAACCUUUCAUGUGUGAACAAUGUGGAGAGUCAUUCAGUCACAACGUCAGCCUGAAGAACCACAAGCAACGACACCAUGACUCGAGUUUGACUCAAGAGAAAGAUGUGCUAAAUGAUGUAGAGAAUAAGGGGAUGAAUACAGCGGUGGGGGUUCCACAGUAAAGCUUGGGUUAAUAGAUCAUGAGGAAAAACUAUGUCUGUUAAGUGUUCCACUGUUAUUUGUAUAAUACAGACUGUGCUGUCUCUCUCGCCUGCACAAUAAAUACAAAUUACAGAACCAUUUCUAGAAGAAUCCAUUUUUAUUGACUUCAUCUGAUGUUCAGUGUUUUCGAAGGAGCUUGAACCUCAAAGUCAAAGCACACUACCUCUGAGAAAAACCAUGAAGACCACUGCAAUGUUUUUGAAAUGCAAACUCUGAAAUAAAUUGGACAGUAUAGUUACAUUGCUUCAAAAAUCAUUUAUUUUACUGACUGGUCUUGUGGUUACGCUUAUGUUCUUGCACACCACCACUUAUUUAAAGCAAUUAUACUCUCUUGAGGCUAAUUGAAGACAUAACUAUACUUUUACAGACUAAACAGUUGACACACUCAAUUCCAGAAUUAGAGAAAAAUAAUAAUCAUAAUUAUUAUUAAUAUUAUUAUUAUUAUUAUUAUUAUUAUUUUAAUUGAAGUCCAUUAUCUGGCAUGAAUGACAGCUGCACAGCAUUCCAUUUCUUUCCAUCACUUAAGACAUACACUGUAUGGCCAAAGGUUUCUGGACACCUGAUCAUCACAUCCAUAUGUGGUUCUUCCCCAAACUGUUGCCACAAAGUUUGAAGCACAGAACUGUAUAGAAUGUAUCUGCAUGCUGUAGCAUGACAAUUUCCCCUUUACUGGAACUAAGAGGUCCAAACCUGUUCCAGCAUGACGAUGCCCCUGUGCACAAGGUGAGCUCCAUGAAGACAUGGUGUGUGAAGGUUGGAGUGGAAGAACUCGAGUGUCCUGCACAGAGCCCUGACCUCAACCCCACUGAACACCUUUGGGAUGAACUGGAACACCGACUGAACCCCAGACCUCCUCACCAACAUCAGCGCCUGAUCUCACUAAUGCUCUUGUAGCUGAAGCACAACUCCCCUCAGCCACGCUUCAACAUCUAGUGGAAGGCCUUCCCAGAAGAGUGGAGCUUAUUAUAACAGCAAAGGAGGGAAUAAAUCUGGAAUGGGAUGUUCAGCAGGCACAUGUGAGUGUGAUGGUCAGAUGUCUAUAAACUUUUAUCCAUAUUGUGUUUGUACAUGGACUGAAUUUUUUUUUUUUUUGUGAACCACAAGUGCAUCAGUGAACUGAAGUCCAGCUUUGGGCACAUGCAUAGGCUUUCUAAAUCAAUUAUGGUCUUCACAUGCAUAUUGGGAUAUUAGUGCCUCAGUGUAUUGUUUUAUCUUGCUCUGUUGUGCAGUGACUCUCUCAUGCAUUUCCUUCUGCUCACUGAGUUUCUGUGAUGGGAGAAUAUUCAGUUUAAUCUACAUCUUCCUACCCCUAGUGAUGUUAAAUGGAAAUACACCUAUUAUAUCAUUCUGUAAGAACACCAGGUAAAUGGGGAAAUAUGGAAGAAUGGAUAAAAGUGUUCACCAUGGACACUUUCAGCAUUUUGCGAAUCCUAAUUGUGCUGAUGUUCAGUACAACAGUAUGCUUGUUCAUGCGAUAUUGCUUGUCAGUGUUUUUGUUUAAAAUAUAUUAACAGAUUACAUUACAUCACUCAACACCAGUGGGAAGCAGACAAUAGUUAACACAAUACAAACAUGAAAAGGAAAACAAAUCAACAAAAUAGGAUUACAUAAAAACAGCAAACUUAGGUCAAACAUUGCAGGUUUUUAACUGUAGUACUCGUAGCUGUUUCCCAUCACUGCUGACAAUAAAAUGUGAUUAAACAAAGGAAUCCAUUCAUUAAUUAAUUAAAAAAAGUUAAAAAGUUGCUAAUAAUGCAUACACUUUAAUAGUUUCUGUUACCACUCUUUUUUUUCCUAGAAACAUCCUAUUCCAAUGUCAGAGCAGGUUAAUGGUGUUAUUGGUGGUCUUCCCCCAAGCCAUCAGACUCCUUAAUAAUCAGAGACUGGACUGACAACACACACACGCACUCAACGGAUCAUCAUCCCAUCCUCUUUGCAAUUUUUGCACAUCUCUGUAUUCAAUUUCUGCUGCUACAAUAUUUAUAAUAUACUGUAUGUAAUCUUUAAACUCUACCUGACUGCUACUGCUUAUGUUUAUAUUUACAGCAACUUAUAUUGUUACUCUUUUGCACUGCUGUCAUCUGAUUCACUUUCUACUAGAACUGUGUACUAGUCAGCGCUGCACUGUAACUCACUGUGCCCAUUGUCUUGUUUUGGUAGUUCUGUACUGUCUUGUGCUGUCUGCACAUGUUGCACUUUAUGUAAAUAUAUUUAAUGUCUCCUGGAGUUCUGUAUUUGUUUGAUGUAGCAUCAUGGUCCUGGAGGAACGUUGUUUUGUUUCACU